AUGGAGGCAUCGGCUCUCAAAGCUUGGGAGUUGGACAACAACGUCCAAUUAGUUGACCCCAAACGCGACGCUCUCUACAACUUCGACCCAGAGGCUCAGAAAGCCAUCAAUAAUGAACAACCAUGGAAACAAGACCCAGGCCACUUUAAGCAUGUCCGAAUAAGCGCCAUCGCUCUCAUCAAGAUGACCAUGCACGCCCGCUCAGGCGGCAAUCUCGAGGUCAUGGGCCUGAUGCAAGGCUACACCCAAGGCGACACAUUCAUCGUCACCGACGCCUUCCGACUUCCCGUCGAGGGAACCGAGACUAGGGUGAAUGCUCAAGACGAAGCCAACGAAUACAUUGUCGAGUAUCUCGACAUGUGCCGAGCGCAAGGGCGACAGGAGAACGUGGUGGGCUGGUACCAUAGUCAUCCAGGUUAUGGAUGCUGGCUAAGCGGUAUCGAUGUGGACACCCAAGCCAUGCAGCAGCAGUUCCAGGAUCCAUUCCUUGCCGUCGUUAUCGAUCCCGACCGUACCAUCAACUCCGGCAAGGUCGACAUUGGCGGUUUCAGAACUUACCCAGCGGACUACAAACCCGCUGGCGGCGUUACCUCUGACGGCUUCCAAGCAGUACCUCUCGCCAAAGCCGCCGAAUUUGGUGCCCACGCAAGCCGCUACUAUAGUCUCGAAGUCUCCCAUUUCAAGAGUUCACUCGACGCCCACCUACUAGAGCUUCUCUGGCACAAGUAUUGGGUGCAGACGCUUAGCCAGAACCCGCUCAUCACGAACCGCGACUAUGGAAACAAGCAGAUGCUCGAUUUGAGCUCAAAGAUCAAGGAGGCGACGACAGGCAUUACUCGAACCCGAGCUGGCCAAGGCAUGAUGAUGGGAGCAAGCUCUAAAAGUUCUGAUAAAGCCAUGGACAAGCUUGCCAAGGAAGCAAACCUGAUUGCAUCAAAGGAGCGAUCUGGUCUUAUUGCGAAUGAGGUCAAGGCUAGUCUUUUCAAUGACCUCGGGUCAAAGGAGAAUCCUACGUCGGAAUGA